UUUUAAAAAAUAUAGGGGAGCGUCAGCAUGGAGAGUAUGAAGAGUAUGGUCAAAAUAAUAAAAAUGUAUAUCGAUUUCACAGAUUUCCCACACCACACAAAUGAUUUGCGAUAUUGUCAAUACUUCGAAUACUCGUGUAAUUCGGAAAGCUUGAAAAAAGAAAAAGAAGCAAAGGUCAGAGAUUCGGAAGAAAAAAGAAUUUUUUACAUCAAUAUUUUUAAUAAUUGUACAAGAUUGAUAAAAAUACUAAUAACUUUUUUAACUAUUAUCUGUUAUAAUAUUAUUAAUAUUUAUUAUACGAAAUAUUUGAUUUUUUAGGGUAAUUCCGUCCUCCGUGAUGUUUAU